AUGGUAGGAGCAAUGAAUGGAGUGAAAAUUGAGGGGGUUGUGUUCCUCCCACUGCCUCCCCCAAUCCGUGUGCAUGCGGAAGUGCGGACUCAGGAAGCGACAGUGAUGGACGGCCCGGGGAAAGCGGAGCUGCUGCGGGCCCUGGGAACGCUGUCGGCGGCCGGCAAGGCGAUCUUGGCCGCAGCGAGGGCGGAGAGUAGCGGAGAAAAGUUGCAAGAGUUUGUUUCCCAGAAGAUAGGUCAGCUGGCUGGAAUGAUUAACUUAUAUGCAAACUUUCUCAGCAGUUUGCAUGUGCAAAAGAGGAGUGAUGCCGAAGACCUGUGGAAGACGUUUUACCGCUCUGCUUCUGUCCGGGAUCAGGUGGAAGAUUUGAUGCAGUUUGAGUCGGAGUGGAAUUGCUUCCUGAGUGAUGUGGAUGCCAGAUUAAAGGCCAACUGCUUCCAGGCCCAGCUGACAUUGGGAACACAGGUUCCUGGACACAUGACAUUCACUGAUGUGAGAAGUGGGAGAGAAAUUCGACUUGAAGAGUUCCUCCAGUCCAAGGAGAUGCUGCUGCUGGUCUUGCUGAGGCACUUUGCCUGAUUACCGUGACGAGAUCAUCUGGCACAGCUUCAGAAGAAUCAGAACUUUCUUGAUGCUGUUCCACUGAAGGUCCUGGUGAUCUCGUUUGGCUGCCAUGAAGGAGCUGUCCAGUGGCUUCAAGAGACCAAGUGUCCCUAUGACAUGUUGUUGGAUCCCAGACGCCGGUUAUACCAUGCGUUUGGUUUGGGAGCAUCCAUUGAAAAGGUCUGGAAUGUCAGCAUCCUUUCCUACUACGCUGAGCAAGUAGUCUGCAAACGCUCCUUACCAAAAAAAAUGGAAAACAUUGUGGAUGAUCCUCACCAGCUUGGUGGUGACUUUGGUUUGAAUCAACACGGGACUGUGAUCUUCUUCCAUCCCAGCAGCAACCCUACUGACAGGCCUGACAUUGCAGAAAUACUGCUCGCCAUGCAGUAGAGCUGCUCUUCUGGAACAGCAAGGAAAUCCUUAGUUGGAGAGAGAGGUUUCACGAGCAAUAACCCGCUGUUUGUGAAACUAAUGGACCCAAGAAGACAAAGUGACUGACAAAUAAUUAGCAAUAGGGUAACUGUCUUAAAGCAGCAAGGGUUGCAUUUUCUUCAGGGGCACUUUUAUGGCAGUAAGUGGGGUGGGGAGAGGGAGGUGGUUGAGGUCCACAUAUCCAGGGGAAGAUUGGGGACAGAAUGUGAUCUGAUUUGUUCCACACAAUGCCUGAUUUAUGGCAGAAUUUCUUUACAGUGCAUUGAGGAAAAUCAACCAUGGUCGGGAAGGGUUGAGAUUCACCUGUUCAUUAUGAUCUUCCAUCUCUUUAAACAAGUAGCGGGAAACCCUCUGAUUUUCCAUUUAACUUUACCCCCCCCCCCCCCCGCCUCCCCAACCCCCAGCAAGAGACUGUGAGAGGAAAAUCAACCUUCAAAAAAAGAAUUUAUUUAGAAUGGAAUGCAGCCUCUGAGUCAGGAAAGGACGGGUUAAACUUUCGGCAGAACUGUCUUGGGACGUUUAACUACUUUCUCUUUGGUCGCUGUUCCUUGAUAAUGAAAUAAUUGUCAGGGAUUUGGUGUUUUUAGUAGGAGGUGGUGCACUCCCCCUAGCUGCUGCUUUUAAAAGGGAGUCAGGUCCUUGCCUGCUUUGUGCGUGUGAAGGUAGUGCCAUCACUCAGGGUGUCUGAAUGGUACUGCUUGAUGUAAUUGCAAAACUGGUAAGCGCAUCUCCUUAAAACAUGAAGUGUCAGCUUAAAAAUGUACUGUCUGUGAAUGAGAACUCAGCAUGGAUGCAACGUGCUAGAAAAAAGUUGAAUACAAACUGACUUUGCAGGGACAAUGGAUUCACAUUGCUGCAGAAAGCCAAAGGUUGUGUUUUCUGUAAUUGUCCUACAACAUUUUGUAGGCAGAUCAAUAAAUACUUAUUCACAAAGUGAAA